GCCUCACUGUGCCGAAUGAGAGUUCUCCAUCAUUGCCGCCCCAUCGUCGCAGGGCAUUCCGGAGGGAUUUCUUCGUUACUCAGCAUGGGUGAAGGUAAGCAAGGAGUGAUGGCGGUGGCUAUUGGAAAUAAGGCCGGCGGCGGAGGAGGAUUAGUGGGACUCCCCAAUCAGAACCCAAUUGUGUUGAUACAGGCCAAGUUGAAGGAGGUGGAGGUCAAGUUCAAGGAGUGGCUAGCUAAGCAGUCUCUCCCCGUUGAGGCUGCCGUUGUCACCGCCACCAGCGCCGGCCAAGGGGCGGCUAUUGGCGCUUUCAUGGGGACGCUCACCGGUGAUGCUUCCUCCUUGAUUUCUCCUCCGCCCAAUGCGCCAGGCCUUAAUCCGGAAGCUAUGGCGUCGCUGAAACAAGCUCAGGCUUUGUCCGGAGGCCCUCUGGUACAGGCUCGGAACUUUGCUGUCAUGACAGGCGUCAAUGCCGGUAUUUCUUGUGUUAUGAAGAGACUGAGAGGGAAGGAGGAUGUUCAAUCAAGUAUGGUUGCUGCAUUUGGUUCUGGGGCAAUGUUUUCUCUAGUAAGCGGUAUGGGUGGGCCUAAUCAGGCUAUGAAUGCCGUUACAUCUGGCCUUUUCUUUGCGCUCGUUCAAGGUGGACUUUUCCAGCUGGGGCAGAAGUUUUCACAACCGCCAGUUGAAGAUGUGUUCUAUGUGAAGACAAGAUCGAUGUUAAGCAACCUUGGGCUGCAGAACUAUGAGAAGAAUUUUAAGAGAGGUUUGCUGACGGACACCACUUUACCUUUGUUAACAGACAGUGCUCUUAGGGAUGUGAAAAUACCACCGGGGCCAAGAUUGCUGAUUCUGGAUCAUAUAGAUAGGGAUCCGGAGCUGAAAGGAAGGCGGAGAGGGGGCCAUUGAAGGGUGCCGCUGCGGAAUCAGUAGGUGCUAAGCGCCGGAAAUAGUUUGUUGUCUUGUCUUGUCUUAUCUUAUCUUUUAUGUUGCCAUAAAGACACACAUAGACAGUUGCAAUUUUGUUUCCAUUGCUAUCAUCCCUUAUUCUCAACUAUGUUUCGGGUGUCAUUUGGAUUGAAGCAUAACUGAGUGGAGAAAUUUUAUUCGCAAAUGAGAUCCCUCCUAGAAGGUACCUGUUAUUGUUAA